AUGAAGGUAGCAAUUAUUACUUACUCCACUUAUGGUCACAUCAACGUUUUAGCUAAGUCUAUUCAAGAAGGUGUAGAGAAAACAGGAUUGGCUACUAAGGUUGAUCGUUUCCAAGUUCCUGAGACUUUAUCUGAAGAUGUCUUGGCUGCCAUCCACGCACCACCUAAGGAUGCCUCAAUUCCAAUUGCGACUGUUGAUACAUUAGUCGAGUACGACGCAUUUUUGUUUGGUAUCCCCACCAGAUUUGGUAAUUUACCUGCUCAAUUUCUCGACUUUUUCGAUAAAACAGGAAAAUUAUGGGCGGAAGGUUCAUUAUACCAUAAACCAGUAGGUGUAUUCGUUAGUACUGGAGGUCAACAAGGUGGCCAAGAAACCACUAUUAGAUCGUUUUUGACCUAUGUUUCACACCAUGGUUUGAUUUAUAUCCCGUUAGGUUAUGGUGCAGCUUUCCCACAUUUGACCAACUUUGAUGAAAUUCACGGUGGUACUCCAUAUGGUGCUGGUACGAUUGCUGGUACCGAUGGGUCUAAGCAACCAAACGAAACCGAAUUGGCAAUUGCUAAAAUCCAAGGGGAAUCGUUUACUAAGUCAGCAAGUAAAUUCGUCUCAACCAAAAGUGAAGAACCAACUGCUGUUGCGACUCCAGAGAAACCUACCGAAGAAAAGGUUAAACCAGCACCUGCAUCUGCACCUGCUGCCAAAAGAAAUGCUACUCCAUCAACACCGGAAAAGGAAGAUUCUUCUUCAUGUAUUAAGUGUGUAAUUGUGUAA